AUGGCACCCUCACCACACAUCGUCAUCAUCGGCGCUGGUAUUGUCGGCGCAAACCUCGCCGAUGAGCUGGUCGCCCGAGGAUGGUCCAACAUCACCGUUGUCGAGCAGGGCCCGCUGCAGAUGCCCGGUGGCUCGACGUCGCAUGCUCCAGGCCUAGUCUUUCAAACCAACCCGUCCAAGACGAUGACCCGUUUCGCACAGUACACGGUUGAGAAAUUGCUUUCUCUGGAGAAAGACGGGCAGAACUGCUUCAACCAGGUUGGUGGCCUGGAGGUCGCCACCACACCGGAGAGACUUGAGGAGCUGAAGCGAAAGCAUGGCUAUGCGUCCGCGUGGGGAAUAGAGGCGCGGCUCGUUAGUCCUGCGGAAUGCGUGAAGAUGUAUCCGCUUCUGAACGAGCAAAUCGUGCUCGGGGGACUGCAUAUCCCUAGCGAUGGUCUGGCGCUCGCAGCGCGCGCCACACAACUGCUGAUCGAACGCACGCGGCAGGCAGGCGUGCGAUAUCUAGAAAUGACGCCCGUCACCGGUAUCCAAAAGUCCGGGACCGGUGUCACCGGCGUCAAGACCGCCAACGGCGUUAUCAGCGCAGAUAUCGUUGUCUCCUGCGCAGGGUUCUGGGGCGUCGAAGUGGGCGCCAUGGCCGGCGUGCCCAUCCCCCUCCUCCCUCUGGCGCACCAGUACGCCAAAACCACACCCGUCCGGGCGCUGGCAGGCCGCGACAUCAACCACCUUCCCAACGGAUUGAACGCCACAUUCCCCAUCCUCCGCCACCAGGACCACGACCUCUACUACCGUGAGCACGGCGACGCCUACGGCAUCGGCUACUACGGCCACCGGCCCAUGCCCAUCGAGGCUGCCUCCCUCGGACAUACCCCGCACCAUGUCGACGAGAAGUCCAUGCCCUCCAGGCUAGACUUCACCGCCGACGACUUCGCCCCAGCGUGGGCCGAAACGCAGAGACUCCUCCCCGUGCUACAACAAUGCCAGCUCGCCGACGGCUUCAACGGCAUCUUCUCAUUCACGCCAGACGGCGGACCGCUCGUUGGGCCUGCCCCAACUCUCGACAACUUCUAUGUCGCCGAGGCAGUCUGGGUGACGCACUCGGCUGGCGUUGCACGCGCACUAGCCGAGCUACUGACGGAGGGCUCAUCGACCGUCAACCUGGCCGAAUGCGAGCUCUCCCGCUUCGAGGACGUCCAGCUAAGCCGUGAAUACGUGCUUGAAACCUCAUCACAGAACUUCGUCGAGAUCUACGAUAUCCUGCACCCGCUGGAGCCGCGUGAGUCACCCCGGCACUUGCGGGUGAGUCCGUUCUACGCGCGCGAGAAAGUGCUCGGCGCGUUCUUCCUUGAGCUGGGCGGGUGGGAGAGGCCGUUCUGGUAUGGAGUCAAUGAGAAGCUGGUGGAGUUUCUUCCGGCUGAAUGGCGGCCUGUGGAGAGGGAUGCCUGGUCGGCGAGGUACCACUCGCCUGUUGUGGCGGUUGAGGCGUGGAAGACGCGGAAUGCGGUCGCGAUGUACGAUAUGACUUCUUUCCAUCGCUUUGAGGUAUCCGGGCCGGGGGGGAGCGAGUUGCUGUGCCGGUUGACGACGAGCGGUGUUCCGGCAGUAGGACGAAUCGCUUAUACGCUCCUGCUGAACGAGCGGGGUGGCAUUCGCAGCGAUAUUUUCGUCACGAGGCUCGGAGAGGACCUGUUCCAGAUUGGCGCAAAUACAGCGACUGACUUUGCAUAUCUCUCCCGUGAGGCUCGGCGACAGUGUCAAAAGUCUCCAGCGCACUGGGUUCAAGUGCGCGAGGUGACGGGACACACCUGCUGUCUUGGUCUUUGGGGCCCUCGCKCGCACGAUGUCAUUCGCACGCUUACGACUGACGACCUUUCCAACACCGGGCUGCCAUAUAUGCAUGUUAAGCGCAGUACCGUCGCCGGUCUCCCCAUCACGGUCCUCCGCAAGUCCUAUGUCGGCGAGAGCGGGUGGGAAAUCCAGACGAGCGCCGAAUACGGACUGCGCCUGUGGGAUGCCAUAUGGACUGCAGGCCAAUCGCACGGUCUCAUUGCCGCUGGACGAGCAGCCCUCAACGCUUUGCGGCUGGAGAAGGGGUACAGGACCUGGGGCGUGGACAUGAACAGCGAGCAUGACCCGUUCGAAGCGGGCGUGGGCUCCGCGGUACAGGUGGAUAAAGCGGAAGACUACGUGGGUAAGGCUGCUGUGCAGCGGCUCGCAAGGAGACAGCCUCUGCGUCGUCUGCGGUGUUUGACCAUCGACGAUGGGCGGUCGAUGGUGAUGGGUAAGGAGCCCGUGUUUUGGAAGAACAAGGCUGUGGGAUACGUCACCACUGCCGCGUUUGGGUAUACGAUCCGCAAGCCUAUCGCGUAUGCUUGGCUUCCUGCAUCGAUCAAGGAGGGCGAAAGGGUGACGGUGGAAUAUUUCGGGAAGAGGAUCAGGGCUACGGUUACAAAGGAGCCAGUUUAUGAUCCUAACGACCGGGCGCUUCUAGUAGGGGAGAUGGUGGCUGGGCCUGAGUUGAGGCCGUUAAAGCAUCUUCUAUAG